GAAGACACAAAAUACCAUAAACCAGGCAGUAUGGUACAAAAAGACUUCAAGGUGAUCAUCGUUGGUGGCAGCGUUGCGGGGCUCUCCCUCGCCUUGAUGCUGGAGAGAAACGGAAUCGAUUAUUUGGUUUUAGAAGCCUACCCCAACAUUGCGCCGCAAGUCGGGGCAAGUAUUGGUCUUCUUCCUAACGGGCUACGUGUACUAGACCAGCUUGGUUGUUGUGAUAAAGCGAUCGAAAUGGCAGAGUAUCCCGUCAAGAAGGUUUAUUUCAGAGACUCCAAUGGACAAUCGUUCUGGUCUUUUGACGAUUUCGACGAAAAGUUAAUAUACCGUCACGCAUAUCCACUCAUUUUCUUUGACCGCCAAAUGUUGAUCCAGAUCUUGUACGACAAAAUCCAAGAUAAGUCGAAAGUUCUUACGUCAAAGCGAGUUGCCACUGUCAAGCAGAGCCAGUUAAGUGCCACAGUAGUCACAGAGAAUGGCCAAAACUUCACAGGAGAUGUGGUAGUUGGUGCGGAUGGCAUCCAUUCAAAGGUCCGCCAGCAAAUGUGGCAAGAGGCACAGAAAGCAGACCCUACAUGGAUAGACCCAACGGAAGAACAAGCUCUUCCCGCUACGUACGCCUGCAUAUUUGGUAUAUCAAAGGGGGUUCAGGGUAUAGAAAAGGGCACGCUGACAUCUGUCUUCAAUGAGCAUUUCUCUUACCUUGUUCCUAGCGGACCCGGUGAUAGAACCUAUUGGUUUCUUGUCAGAAACCUAGGGAAAACUAUGUAUGGAAGCGAGAUACCUCGCUUUACGAAAGAGGAAGAAGAGGCGUUGGCUAAAGAACACAUGAACGAUCGUAUCACUCCGACACUACGAUUUUCAGACUUGUACAACAAGAAAAUAGCCUCCGUGUACACCAGUCUUCCUGAGUACGUUUACAAACGGUGGCAUUUCAACCGGAUUAUCACAAUAGGUGACGCGAGUCACAAGCUCGAGCCCCUGACUGGUCAAGGUGGUAAUUCAGCUAUCGAAACGGCUGCAGCGCUGACAAACAAUCUCGUAACCGCCCUUCAGGGCAGCCCUGGGCGUCAUCUCUCUGUCGGGGAAAUUUCUCAACUUUUUGCAAAUGUGCAGAGAGAACGAGAGGACCGGGUAUCGUCACUGGUCAAAGAUGCCCAUGCUCGACAGCGUAUGGAGUGCAUGGACUCCCCGCUCUUAAAAUAUGCGGCGAAAUAUCUUGUUCCAUAUUACCCAGAGUGGCUAGUAAUGUAUCGUUGGACGCAUACAUUCUCUCCAGCGCCUGCGCUGAAAAUGCUCCCUCAACCCAAUCAAAAGCACGUAGUACCAUUUUACGAUGAGCUCUCACGAUUUCCUACAGCACGAGGGUCACUUGGUGGUGCUUUAUACGUCGCAUACCUCCUGCUCGCUUUCACUGCGUUUCGCUUGCUACUUCUCGCAGGGAAGGAUAAUGGAAUGUGGUCAUUGCUUCGUGAAGCUAUCAUCAACCAAUUGAUUCCAGAUUCAAAUAUUCAACUUCGUCAAAAGUACACAGGAAUCGAAGCCAUCGAUAUGAAACUCAGGAUUCUCGUGGCGAUCUUUUACUCGGCAGUCACAGGGGCCUCGGGCCCAGAGCAGCCGCUGCAGCUGCUGUAUUUCCUGUCCGCCAUGCUGCCAAUGGUUGCAGUCAUUACGAUCGAAGGGUUUCGCCCUCGACAUAGAUGGACACUGUUGGCUUAG